CUUUGUGUGUGUGUUUGUCUCGUGGCCAGCAGCGCUGAAGAAGAGGAGGAGGAGGAGGAGCGGGGUGUACCUGACACCUACAGCCGCGCGUCGCAGCUCUCUUCUCCCUCAGAAACACCCAGCACUGCCCGCCGCGGGUGCCUUCUUUUGUCGCCUGGUCGUCCGUGUAGUUAACCGGAGCUCUCUGUGCAGUUUGACCGGGUGAACACUGCUUCAGCUGACAGACUCUCUUCCGAGAAAACUCUUCCAAAUAUUUUUUUUUUUGUUUAAAAAGCAACAAAACACAGAAGACAGUUAUCUUCUGGGAGAGUUUGAUUCACUCGGACCAGAAAUACGCAGGAUUGUCUGACCUAUUGAGGGGACUACACUUGAGAAGAUGCGGCUCCCGGUGCUUCUCUGUGUGUUGGUGUGUCUGUCUGCAGCACCGGGCCCGGUGACCGGGGCGGACAGGAGCUGCACCGACCUGCGGCAGUUCUACACCGGGAAAGGGUUCACUCUAUCAGGGGUACCCCAGACUGAAAUCUCUGGUGAACAUCUGAGGGUGUGUCCUCAGGGUCCAACCUGUUGUACCAGCUCCAUGGAGGACAACCUGGCCGGUCUGAGCGCCCAAGAGACAGAGGGACUGAUCAGAGAGGCCGGCAGGUCGCUGCAGUCUGCCUUCAACGCUCUCCACAGGAGCUUUGACACCUAUUUCACUGAACUGCACGGUCGCUCUGAGCGCUCCCUCCAAGAGGCGCUGUCUCCACUCGGCCCCCUGUACUCCCAGAACACUCGUCUCUAUGGAGAUCUCUACACUGACCUGCGACAGUACUACCGGGGCUCCGCUCUCAACCUUGACGAGACCCUGUCUGAGUUCUGGUCGCGCCUCCUGGAGCGCACCUUUAAGACCUCCUCUCCCACAGAUGUCAACCUUUCAGACGACUACCUUGAAUGCGUUGCUAAGCAACAAGAGACGCUGCGGCCAUUUGGAGACGUCCCGCGGGACAUGAAGGCGAAGGUGAUCCGGGCUUUUGUCACAGCCAGGUCGUUUGUCCAGGGGUUGAUUGUCAGCGGAGAGGUGGUCAGGAAGGUCUCACAGGUUUCUAUGAGUCCGGAGUGUACGAAGGCCCUGAUGAAGCUGGUGUACUGCCCCCACUGUCGCGGUGUGGCCUCCGUCAAACCCUGCUCCAACUACUGUUCCAAUGUCAUGAAGGGCUGCCUGGCCAACCAGGCUGACCUGGACCCUGAGUGGCAGACCCUUAUAGACACGAUGAUCCAGGUUGCCUCUAGUUUCAGCACGGAGCCCAGCCUCGACGUGGUUCUCUCUUCCAUCCCUGCUCGAAUCUAUGAGGCUGUUCACUUCCUACAGGAAAACAUGGACACGUUCACAGCAAAAGUGUACCAGACCUGUGGAACUCCAGGUGAACCAGGAACAGGAAGUCCCACCCUUCAUGAGCAGAGGAAGAAGAGCGGCUCCCUGACCGCAUCAGAGUACAAACCCUCUCCAACUGCUGGACUCAGACUGGAGAUGCAGGUGUCAGAUCUGUCCAGUAAACUGAGGGAGAUGCGGCAGUACUGGACCCAGCUCCCUGUGGCACUGUGCAGCAAACUGGCAGCAGGAGGCGCCGGUCAGGAUAAAUGCUGGAAUGGCAUUACCAAAGCCAGGUACCUUCCAGAGGUGAUGGGUGACGGCUUGGCCAAUCAGAUCAACAACCCAGAAGUGGAGCUUGACAUCACAAAGCCAGACAUGACCAUCCGGCAGCAGAUCAUGCAACUCAAAAUCAUGAGCAACAGGCUGAAAAACGCACUGGAUGGCAACGACGUGGACUUCCAGGAUGCAAGUGAUGACAUCAGUGGCUCAGGAAGCGGGAUGUGCAUAGGUGGUCAGUGUUCUCGGAACAGACCGGGACUGUACGCUUAUUCGCCCGACAACAACCGAGUCAGAGGCGCAGCCACGUCUCAAACCCGCCUCUGUAGCCUCCUACUCCUGCUCCCAUUGGCCAUCCUGCUGCUUCAGCGAUGAUGGACCACCGCUGACUCCCAACCAUGGGACGGACAAAAAAGGGGAGAAAGAUUGGAACUUAACUUUGCCAAAAAAUGAAAAAAGACCUUUUUGGGGGAAUGAAUGGACAUUUUCUGUGACCAAGAGGAGCAAAAAAAUUGACAGAGACAAUAUUCUUUAUUUGGUUUUGCUCAGUUUUAAUAUGUUGUAGUUUGGGUGUGAUUCGUUGAUGUGGUGAUUUGUUGAGCUGGUUUCAAUGGAUUCUUGCGAAGAGGAUGGCUGGAAGAAGACGGAGAUGAGGAUGACGUAGACGACAAUUAGGAAAAUGAUGAUGAUAAUGAUGGGAAUAUUGAUAAUGAUCUAUUGAGACCCCAUCAGGUCAAUUUAGCUCCAGUUUCCAGUCAGCAGACGACAAAGCUCAGUGAAAAAAUGUUUGGUGCCCCAAUAUGUGGUGCGUUCAACAAGGCUUUUUUAAUUUUAUUUCUUACUCGUCGAGGUUGUCUACCUUAACAAACAUUGUGUAAGUUGUAAAUGUUUGUGUACAUUAGUUAAAAGACUGGCACCAUAUUGAGCCAUGAAUGUACAGCAUUAUACUAUAUUGGCAAUGAAUCCCCCCCCGCAUAAUCUGUGAUGUAGUCGUCCAGACGUUUUGGUGUGUGUUGGCAUAAACAGGAUUCAAUUAUCACACGCUGGAAAUGUAUGAAAUGUUGUGAUUGCAAGAUUUGACCUCACUUUUACUGUAUACCCAAGAAUUUCAAAAGAAAAAGGAAAUUAUCACUUCUUUUUUUAACAAAUCAUUACCUUUUGUAAAGAAAUUGCAGUCUCAAAGCACAGACAAGCAGUUUCCUUAAUUUUUCCUGCAAUGUAGACAGAAAAUUGCACGUUAUUCUGACUCUCCUGGUUGCAUUUGCCACAUAAAUCUCCACAGAGAAUGUUUCAUAACGCAGUAAAGCUAAAGAGGACUCCUUGUUGAACGCACACCUGCGUUAGGUAACGGAUUGAAAUGAAGUUUAGAAGCAACGCAGUGGCUGAUAUACAGUAGGUCAAACCAAAGCACUUAUUACACUUUUUUUAAACAUUUUUUGACAGCAGACAUUGCCCCAAGUACGUUGAACAUUAGCUGCAACCCUUUCACCAGGUUUUAUAGCUGCAUAAUGUUAAAAGAAAACAAAGGUUUUCACUUCCCUUCCUAAAAAGUUCCGUUUUUGUACAUACAGUACAGGAUAUUUGCAAAAUAUUGACAACAUGUAUACAUUUGCCUGGUGAUAUGUCAUUUACUCGGCAUGCCUUUCUUUCAGUCUACACUACUAUACUGGUACAUAUGGGACUUCUGAUUCACACGCAAGUCUUUUGCACAUACACACUGACACACACUGGGGUUGUGUAUUAAGCUGAUCUUUUUUAUCCAUCAGUGUAUUUAAUCACACAUUUCAUUCAUUAAAAUCUGUUUGAUUGUAGCAGUGGAUUUUGCCAUGUACAUUUUGAUUUGAUUAUUAUUAUUGAGUAUCCAUUAAAGAAAGCUACAUUUUUA